AUGGUCUUGCGCGUGGCCGUGUGCCACGCCGAGGCCCUUGCGGCGUGGACGGCGUUGUACGAGGUCCGCGCGUCGCUCGAAGACACGUACCGUCUCGGGCUGCGCAGGCGCGCGCGCCGGCUUGUCCUGCGUGUGCCGGGCCCGCAAGACACGGAGGAGGUCGACGUGUCCCGCAUGCGGCUGCGGCGCCCCCUCGCGGACACGCGGCUGGCGGUUCUGGAACUCGUGGUCGGCAAGGAGCGGUGCGCGAUGGGGGCGGCGCUCCGGGGGGAGUUUCUGGAGGAGUGGUGCUGCGAGAGCGUUAGGGAGCUCUCGCUCGAGCUGGAAUUUGACGGGACGCACGAGCGGGCAGUGUACGACGUCGUGGAUACCCUGGCAGGUCUGUUCCUCGUUGUCCUGCUGUCAACGCUCAGGUUCAAGGUCUACGAGAAAAUCAGCGUUUUCGUACCCCUUCCAGAAGACUGUCAGAGGCCUGUUGGCACUGGAGUAUCCGUCGUAGGCACGAGUGAGACUGGAAGUGUGCUGGCACCGUCUGCCGGGAAGCUGGGCGCGCGUACCUUGCAGAAGCGAGCGAGCUGGGGCUGGGACGGAACCGGAGGCGUUCGAUCGGGACGACGGUACGAGCGUUGUACGUUGGGCACCUACCUCGGACAAGGUCACAUUCGACUGAGACCAGGCGACCCCGCGCGUUUAGGGUGA